AUGCGAUGCGCGAGCAAGGCCGCCGAGAGCGCGUCUGCACGUCUCUGUGCGGACGCCGAAGCAGAAACUACAGCAACUGAUGUCCCAUCGGUUGCUGAAUCGACUCAGCCUGUAUCACCUGGUGAUGCAGGCGCUGGUCAUGAAGACACUCGUGUCUUCACAGAGUACGAGCUCGGUGUCUCGUACUCUCCUGAUACGGAUGACGGAUCCGUAUCGACGGCAAUUAAAUCCAAGCCGCCUGCCAAGCGUGGCAUGGACGAUGCUUUGCGUCGCAGCAUCUUUGGUUCAUCUGAUGAGUCAGAUGAACCAUCGCCGAAGCGAAGGCGCUCGAGGUCGCGAGACUCGGGCGCUAAUAGUGGUGUCGUUUCUCCAAUGGACACCACUUCACAGCGAGGUGCCAGUACUUCUGUCGGCACGUCGCAGGAAGAGCGGGACCGCAAUGUGUUGCGUCUCGCUCCAGAAAAGAAGGCAUGGAUGCCUCCUAAAUCUGUCAUGGAUCACUUGUCGGCGACGACGAGUGAUCGUUAUCGAACACGAUUGUUCGAUUCGUCGAGGAUUCAUCACCUUGACCCCAGCGCGAAAGACUAUCGCGCUGAGAAUGAACUCUUCAUCGAUGCUUUCUUCAGACAUCGAUGGUACAGUGGGAAUCACAAACGUGAUGGUCCCUCACUACUUCAGGCGUGGAACGCCUACAUCCAUAACCUUGAGGAAAUAGGUCGUGACGUUUGGAACGACAAACUUGUCAAAGCUCGUGAUAAGUUUGAGAAGAGAACCCCGACAGGUGCACGCUAUAAGCUGCAUCGUCUGUCAAGGGAGAAGGAUUACCCUGUCUCUCUUGGGGAGACUCGUGCCCAUGUUGUGUGA